UCACCAUCAGCUGUCUCUUUAUUUGAACAAAUUUUUUGUUUUUAUUAUUGAAAAUUCAUAAAAAAUUUAUGCAAAUAUGAUGGCAAUGCCAGAUUCGGACAGCGAGGAUGAGCUGCCACCAGGAUGGGAAGAACGAGCAACCGAUGAUGGCGUUGUGUGUUAUGUAAACCAACAGAGUAAAACCUCGCAAUGGACACAUCCGAGAACUGGACGCUCUAAACGCAUUACUGGUGAUUUACCACUGGGCUGGGAGAAAUACUAUGAUGAGCAUAGCAAAAGGUUUAUGUUCCACAACAAGGAGACCCAACAACGCACCAAUGUGGAUCCACGUCUGGCCUUUGCGGUUGAGGAGCCAACACAAAACAUAGCCCAAGUGCGUCAGCGUUUUGAUUCAUGCAGCACGGCAUUGCAAGUCCUCCAUGGCAAGGAUUUGCAUGGACGUUUGGCGUUGAUAACUGGAGCAAAUUGUGGCAUUGGCUUCGAGACAGCCCGUUCCUUGGCCCUGCAUGGCUGUGAAAUAAUCUUGGCCUGUAGGAAUCGUUCUUCGGCCGAAUCGGCCAUUGAUCGCAUUGCCCAGGAACGUCCAGCAGCACGUUCUCGAUGUCGGUUUAUCCCCUUGGAUUUGGCUUCAUUGCGAGCUGUUCAACAGUUUGUCCGGGACAUCAAAGAGAGUAAUAUCAGCCACAUUGAUUAUCUUAUACUGAAUGCUGGCGUUUUCGCUUUGCCUUAUACAAAGACAGUUGAUGGUCUGGAGACAACAUUCCAAGUGUCGCAUUUAUCACAUUUCCAUUUGACUUUACAAUUAGAGGCAUUAUUUGAUUAUAAAACACGCAUUGUUGUCCUGUCAUCAGAGUCACACAGAUUUGCCAAUUUGCCUUUGGAGAAUUUGAGUGUUAAUCAUUUAUCGCCACCGCCAGAGAAAUAUUGGAGCAUGAUGGCCUAUAAUAAUGCCAAGCUGUGUAAUGUUUUGUUUGCCCAGGAAUUGGCCCAACGCUGGAAGCAACGCGGUAUUUCUGUCUUCUCGGUUCAUCCUGGCAAUAUGGUUUCCACCGAUUUGAGUCGAAACUAUUGGUUCUAUCGUCUGCUAUUUGCUAUAGUAAGACCAUUUACCAAGUCUCUGCAACAAGCCGCUGCCACAACAAUUUACUGCGCCACAGCCAACGAAUUGACAGGUUUAUCGGGACUGUACUUUAAUAAUUGCUUUUUCUGUGAAUCCAGCAAAUUGUCAAAGUGCUCCACAUUGCAGGAAAAUCUAUGGCAAGUUAGUGAAAAUUUAAUCCAGGAAUUUUUAGCAGAACAAAGGCAAUGA